AUGGAUACAAAACAGAAGGACGAAAAUGAAUUGGAAUGUAACAAAGUGGUGAGAACUAAACCAGAUAUGACAGUUACUGAAGAGAUAGCCAAAGCCAUUGGUAGUAACUACAGAACUGUUCCUGCGUUUGAAAAGGGUUUAUUCGAUUAUGUACUGACUAAACAUUACUCGUUGGAAAGGAACCAAUAUCUGAAAUGUCGCUGGUUGGAAUACAAAAGAGGCUAUGAGAAAAGAGUAUUCGCACCCUUCCAAUUUCCCAGUCACAGGGAUCUACAUUUCCACAAUGGAGCAGUGAGGUUUCGUCCUGCGGAGUCAAUACAUCGCCGUACUGAUUUCCGUAUGCAGUUACAGUCCGGCCCUGGAGUAGAUAGACAGGGACAGAUGCCUAUUCCGUACGAACUGAUCAUGAAGAGAGGAGAAGAUAAGAAAGAGAAACGCAAGGAGAAGAAGAAAAAGAAGGAGACG